AUGCCACGCAAAGCCGUCGUUGCAGUGCUCGCGCAGAUGCGCUACGAGCUCACACGGCUCCAGCACGAGCUCCAUGCGCUGCGCCAAGACCGCAACGCCGCCACGACCAAGUUUGCGCUACCGGACGUGUACGGAGACGCGCUCGCAUCGUCUCGUGGGCUCCGCCGCGCCUCGUUGUGGCUCGCACGCCUAACGCGUCUAAGAGAGUUGCUGGAUGCGCGACGUGUGGCCAAGAUUUUGGACCGUUUGAACCGCUGCAUUGACGACAAGCAGGUGCAGAUCGUGCUCCUGCGACGGCAGAUCGUCGCGCACUGCAUUGCGCACCAGCUCCCGUUGCCGCCGCUGCUCGCACGCGUACCGCCCAACGUCUAUGACCGAGCGUACUUGAGUCGUCUGUGCGAUGCGACCAAGGCCACGACGCAGGCGCUGGCUUCGCGCUUGACCGUCGCGCCAACCUUGAGUGCAUCGUGGCACUUUACGACCUUCUUGGACGAGCGCACGAGCGCUGUAUCGUACCUUGUGCAGACGCCACCGCUGGCAAUGACGGCUACCGAUGCUGCCGACGCCGUCUGGGAUCUCCACGCGACACGCACAGACUUUGAUGCGAUGUACGGCUACCACCUAACCGACUUCACGAUCGUGAACCGCGGCGCGAGCUUCCUCAUUGCGCGCGUCUGCUUGCUUGGCACAGACAUGGUCGUGUACGUUUGCUGCUUUCGCGCAAAAGUCCGCGACCUGUAUGAAGUCCAUAUCCAUAUCCUCGACUAUGAGCUCCACAGUCUUGGGCUCAUGUGCACGGCAACGAUGCAGCCGAAAGCUGAUGGAAGCAUCAUGACCUUGACGGGCUCCUUCUUGCUCCUCGACCGCGAGCACUGGAUGACGCUGGACACGCCCGGGCGAGCCGACUACAUGAUGAAGAAACACACGUUUGGGCUCGUCCGCUGGCUCCGGCACAUGGUUCGCGAGCGGUCCGGGGAGUGGUGCUACAACGAGAAGACAAGCGACCAGAAGGAGCUGCGCACGACCUUUCCGUGCGUCUUUAAGUUGGCAUCGGACCACCACGCUGGGUACCGCGUUCUGGACGCGCUACACCACCGUGUUUGA